CUAGCAUGGAUGGGAUGUCAUUUCUGUGGCUAUUAGAUAUUGUGCUAAUUUUUCAGAAUGUUCCAGUGAUAAUAGAGGGGACAGAAUGAGAUAGCGUAAAUUUUGCCUAGGCCGUUGACCCUGUGUGAGAUGCUGUUGAGAAAUGCAGUUCAGAUGGCUUUUCAAGGGUAGAUGAAGUGAUUGUGAGAGGGUGGCUGGGUUUAGACUACAGCUCAUUCCACUAAUGCAUGGGCUCCUGUGGGAGCCACUGGCUGGCUGGUUGGCUGGGGCUCAAACUCAUAAUCUAGAUAGUAUCACUAAUGCCUUCCUCCUCAAUGUCUGGUACUGCGUCUCCAAGCCCAGCUCUUCUUUUCAGUUAGAGGGGAGCACUGAGACUAGAUGGCUCACUGUGAUAGCAGGGAACUAGGGACUUUGGUAGGACUGUCUCAUCGCAGAAGGGAAGAGAAUGCUUUGGGACAGGGAGAGUGAGAUGGGGAGCUUCUUCACUCCCAGUAGAACAGUGAGCAACUGAACUGAGAUGGAUGGAAUUUACAUGGGAUAAGUCAUGUGUAGGGACAUACGAAGAUGUUUGUUUUGAUCCGGAUGAAAUGCUUGUCCUAUUCUGCUUUGAGAGGAAUGUGAAUGUUUUUAAAGACAAGUUUCUGUGGUUGUGGAUAUAAUGUGUUUUACAGCAGGGACCAUGGUUAUGAUGAAGCUCUCUGCCCUCCUCAUUGCCUAUUUCCUGGUCAUUUGUCAGAUGUACAGCUCACAUGCAGCUCCAGCCAGAACUGGUUUAGAGUCCAUGACAGACCAAGUCACGCUAACUGACUAUGAAGCCCGAAGGCUACUCAACGCCAUCGUCAAGGAGUUUGUUCAAAUGACUUCAGAGGAACUGGAGCAGCAAGCCAAUGAAGGAAAUAGCCUGGAUAGACCCAUGUCCAAGCGUUGCUCCAACCUCAGCACCUGUGUGCUGGGCAAACUGUCCCAAGAGCUGCAUAAAUUGCAGACGUACCCCCGCACCAACACGGGAAGUGGCACGCCUGGCAAGAAACGCAGCUUGCCUGAGAGCAACCGCUAUGCAAGCUAUGGAGACUCAUAUGAUGGAAUCUGAGCGGUCCUCCCCUCCAUCAGCCCUAGUUAACCUGACCCCUCUGUUCCAGCCUAGCCUGAUGAUUGCUGAUGCAUGUGGAUCUUGCUUGCUUGACCGACUGCAGAGAAACCUUGAUGUCCCGCAAUGUCACUGCUCUCUUUUUCUUUUGUUAAAAUACCCUUUUUUGACAGAGAAUAAAAUAUAUAAGUACAAAGCAGAGUCCAAUCCUUUAGAUUUAGAAAGUGAAUAAGGAUUUAGUUGCACUUCCCUAUCUUAAGGUGUAUGAUAUCCCUUUACUAUACAGAUCAUUCACAAUAUAUACAAAGUCUAAAUCAAAACCAAAAAUCUUAAUCAAUGCUUCUUUCAACCGUGACUAGGGUUCUUGUUUAAUAAACAUGUUUUUUUAUACCAGAA